AUGGCCCACCGUACAAAUCCAUUCACCCAAGAGCUCAUCGAGACAGCUAGAAAAAUUGCUACCCCUGGCAAAGGAAUUUUGGCUGCUGACGAGUCGACUGGAACCAUUGGCCAGCGUUUUUCCAAGAUCAAUGUCGAGAAUAAUUACGAAAAUCGCCAAGCUUACAGAUCUCUCUUGUUCACAACCCCAGGCAUCGGACAAUACAUCAGCGGCGUCAUCCAAUACGAAGAAACCCUCGAUAACAAGCUGGAAGACGGCACUUCCCUCCAAGUUGUCUUACAAAGAGAAGGCAUCGUCCCUGGCAUCAAAGUCGACAAAGGGACUGUAAUCAUCCCAGGCACUGAUGGAGAAACAGCCACCCAAGGCCUCGACGGUCUCGCUGAAAGAUGCAAAACUUAUUACGAAAAAGGCUGUAGGUUUUCCAAAUGGAGAGCAGUCUUAAAAAUAGGGCCAAAUGCUCCUUCAGAAAGAGCCAUUGAAGAAAACGCACAUACCCUUGCGAGAUAUGCCGCAAUUUCUCAAGCUAAUGGGCUUGUCCCAAUUGUGGAGCCUGAAGUCCUUGCAGACGGCACCCAUACCAUUGAGGAAUGUGCUGAGAAAAGCCAAAGAGUUUUUGCAGCAGUCAUGAAUGCCCUUCAUAUCCACGGAAUUUUGUUUGAAGGGAUGCUUUUUAAGCCAAAUAUGAUCACUCCAGGCAUUUCAGCAGCAGAAAAGGUAAGCGCUGGAGACGUCGCAUGGAGGACUGUGCAAGUCUUAUCAAGAACUUUGCCUGCAGCUGUGCCUGGAGUCAUGUUCUUGUCAGGAGGACAAAGUGAAGAGGAAGCUUCUUUAGAAUUAAACGCCAUUAAUGCGCUGCCAGACGUAAAAAGACCUUGGACCUUGAGUUUUUCAUUUGGAAGAGCUCUUCAAGCUUCGUGCUUAAAGGCAUGGCAAGGAAAACGUGAAAAUGUUGAGGCUGGGCAGGCUUCCUUUAUUUCAAGGGCUCAAGCUAACUCUCAAGCAACUCUUGGGCAGUAUCAAGGAGGAGCAGGCGGAGACGGAGCCAGUCAGAGUUUAUACGUGAGCAAUUACGUUUAUUAA